AUGCCGCUCAAGCGAGAGCAGGAGCAGGAUCAGCUCCACGGACAGAGCCAAUUUCGCCCUUAUCCGACGCAUAAAGUCAAUCGCAUGCUGGAGCCUGGGCCCGUGGUCCUCGUCACGACCGGGUCGCUGGCCGAUCGGACGCACAACAUCAUGACAAUGGGCUUUCACAUGAUGAUCCAGCAUGAGGAACCAACACUGAUCGGCGCUUGUAUUGGGCCGUGGGACAAGAGCUUUGAUAACUUGAGGCGAACCGGCCAAUGCGUGCUUGCCGUGCCGGCCGCGGAGUUGCUGGAGCAGGUCGUUGAUAUUGGCAACUGCAGUGGCGAAACGGUGGAUAAGUGGGAGGCAUUUGGCAUGAUCCCGGUGGAACCACCGGUAUUGCCGUUGCCGCCGCAGACCGAUCCAGAAUCUGGAGAUGGAGAAGAAAAGGGGGAAGGUUACAUGAAGCAGGUAAAAAACGCUCGUGCGCCACUGGUUGGUGGGAAAGAUAUCAUAGCCAAUAUCCAAUGUGUGGUUCAUGAUCGGACGUUGGUGGCAACUUACAAUCUGUGGGUACUCCGAGUUGUUGGAGCAUGGGUAAACCGAGACCUGGACUUGGAUUAUGGGCAAAGCAAUCAGGAAUCACCGGAGUAUUGUGGUGCUGUUGGUGGCGGGAAGAAACAGAUGAGGAUGGUGCACCAUCGUGGAGACGGGAGGUUUGUGGUGGAUGGAGAAGAACUCGACCUUAGGCAAAGGAUGAUCAAGUGGGAGGAGUUUCAGGACUAA